CUCUGUGCACACAGCGGCUGAUUCAGACGCUCCGUGCAUCGGAAUAAAAUAGACUGCAGCAGCUUCCCACCGCUUGGCUGCUGAGGCUUUGAAAUCCUCCAUGGCUCUCCGCUGGGGAAUCUGCUCGGCUGGGAAGAUCAGCCACGAUUUCCUCGUGGCUUUGAAGACUUUGCCACCGCCAGAUCACAAGGUAGUAGCCAUUGCUUCUAGUGACCUCAAACGUGCCCAGGAAUACGCUGACAAGCAUGGGAUUUGCAGGGCAUAUGGAUCUUAUGAAGAACUGGCACAAGACCCUGAAGUGGACGUGGUCUACGUGGGGUCGAUCCAUACACAACACCAUGCUCGCACCCUCCUCUUCCUCCGGGCGAAGAAGAACGUUCUGUGUGAAAAACCCUUGGCCAUGAAUGCGGCCGAAGUCCGGGACAUGAUCCAAGUGGCCCAAGAGAAUGACGUCUUCCUUAUGGAGGGUUUCUGGACUAGAUUCUUCCCUGUAUCGGAGCAGAUCCGCACGAUGCUGCACCAGAAAUCUCUUGGGGACUUAAAGGUGCUCCGAGCUCAGCUGGGCUUUAAGAUGGAUAACAUCCCGAGACUGGUGGAGAAGAAGCUGGGCGGAGGUGUCCUUUUGGACAUAGGCUGCUACUGCAUCCAGUUCGCUUCUAUGGUUUUCGGGCCGGAAAAGCCGCAAAGCAUUGUGGCCUCAGGACUGCUACAUGACACAGGAGUGGACGAAACAAUGGCCAUCAUCCUCAACUACUCAGGCAACCGGCAGGCCUUAUUCAAUUGCUCCAUGAUGAUCAACCUACCAGGAGAGGCAUUAAUUGCGGGAACUGACGGAAUCAUUAAGAUCCCUGAACACAUGAACAGUCCCACGGUCAUGUUCCUGAAAGGUGACCGGUGGGAGUGGCCCCUGCCCCCCUCUCUCGAGUCUCUCUUCUUCAAGGAAAGCAUAGGGCUGAGAUAUGAAGCAGAACACGUCCGCCAAUGCUUGCAGAAGGGUUUGAAGGAAAGCCCCGUCAUGCCCUUGUGCGAGAGCGAAAACAUCGCCACCAUCAUGGACGAGGCACGGAGGCAAGUGGGAGUCGUCUAUGAGCAAGACAACGUUGUAUAAGCCAAUGAAGAAAAUUAGUCUGGCCAAUAAACAUUCACUUUUUGUCAAAACAUCCUAAAGAAGCUGCAUCUAUGAAUGUUGGUAUCGCUGUCUGAGCCAGGACAUGGAAGCUACUUUCUGCCUGGAAAACCACAAACGUCCUGAAAAUGCAAGGUCUCUCUCUCUCUCUCUCUCUUUUUAAAAGCAUCUAGUCCUCAGUGUUCAUGUUGAUAUGCACAGCAAUCAAAUAAAUGGGGUGGAACACAG